AUGGCCAGGCCACAGAGAACGCCGGCGCGCAGUCCCGACAGCAUCGUGGAGGUGAAGAGCAAAUUUGACGCCGAGUUCCGACGCUUCGCGCUGCCCCGCGCUUCGGUGAGCGGCUUCCAAGAGUUCUCGAGGUUAUUGCGUGCGGUACAUCAGAUCCCGGGCCUGGAUGUGCUGCUUGGCUAUACAGAUGCUCACGGCGACCUACUGCCCCUCACCAACGACGACAGCCUGCACAGGGCCCUGGCCAGCGUACCCCCGCCGCUGCGCCUGCUAGUGCAGAAACGGGCAGAAGCUGACUCCAACAGCCUGGUCUUUGCCUCCAACUCUCUGCAGCGGCGUAAGAAAGGUCUUCUACUUCGGCCAGUGGCACCUCUGCGCACCCGGCCACCCCUCCUAAUCAGCCUGCCCCAAGAUUUCCGCCAGGUUUCUUCAGUCAUUGAUGUGGACCUACUGCCUGAGACCCAUCGACGGGUGCGGCUGCAUAAGCAUGGCUCUGACCGUCCCCUAGGUUUCUACAUCCGAGAUGGCAUGAGCGUGCGUGUAGCUCCCCAAGGCCUGGAACGGGUCCCGGGCAUCUUCAUCUCUCGCCUGGUACGAGGGGGCCUGGCUGAGAGUACAGGGCUGCUGGCAGUCAGUGAUGAGAUCCUCGAAGUCAAUGGCAUUGAGGUGGCUGGGAAGACCUUGGACCAAGUGACAGACAUGAUGGUCGCCAACAGCCACAACCUCAUUGUCACUGUCAAGCCAGCCAAUCAGCGCAAUAAUGUGGUGCGUGGGGCAUCUGGGCGUCUGACAGGGCCUCCCUCUGUCAGGCCUGGGGCUGCUGAGCCUGACAGUGAUGAUGACAGCAGUGAUCUGGUCAUUGGGCAUCGACAGCCUCCCUGUUCCAAUGGGCUGUCUCAGGGGCCUCCAUGCUGGGACCUGCACCCAGACCGCAUCCUUCCCAGUGCCCGCAGCUCUCUGCCAUCCCUAGACGAUAAGGAGCAAGCCAGCUCUGGCUGGGGAAGGAGCACGCGAGGAGAUGGUAGUGGCUUCAGCCUCUGACACGCAAGGAAGCAGCCCCUUGCCAUGCCAGGGGACUUCCCCAGUGGGGGUUUUAGCUUGCUCACAGGGCCCUCUUGGUCUGGGGAGCAUUAAAGGUUUU